AUGGUACGGACCGAAGUUGACUGGCAGUACACAACCGAACAGGCAAGUGAUUCUAGCCUCAGUACAGUGAACGGAACAUACUGGCCGAGAGGAAAAAUGUUGGGCGGAACAAGUGCGAUCAAUGGGAUGAUGUACAUUCGAGGCAAUCGCGAUGAUUACGAUGAGUGGGAACGCUUGGGCAAUCCCGGAUGGGGAUGGAAGGAUGUUUUGCCGUACUUUAUCAAAUCGGAAGACAACGGGAAUGAACGUGUUGCCAGCAGCUACGGAGGAAAAUACCAUGGCGUAGGAGGAUACCAAAGCGUAGACUUCUACGGCGAUACAAAUGUUUUCAACGAAAUACUCAAACAGGCAACGACAGAAGCCGGUUUCAAACAAUUGUUGGACUUCAACGGAGAGGAGCAUAUUGGAUACGGUCGAGCUCAACGUACGGUAGAAGAAGCGACGCGCUGUAGCACUGCCAAAGCGUUUUUGAAUCCCAUUCAAGAUCGUAAAAAUUUGCACAUAGUCAAAAAUGCUUUUGUUGUGUCUCUCUACUACGAAUCCGGAACUGUGGUGCGGGGAGUCAACAUGAUCAUAGAUAAUCAGUAUUCGUUAAGAGCAAUUGCAAAAAAAGAGGUUAUCUUGUCCGCAGGUGCGAUAAAUACUCCCCAGCUGUUGAUGUUAUCUGGUGUGGGUAGACGCGAGGAUCUGACACCGUUCGGUAUACCAGUGCGUGUAGAAUUAGAUGUCGGAAGAAACCUACAAGAUCAUGCGUUUGUGCCAGUAUUUUUCGGAUUGGGGAAGUCCAUUACAGAUAUCAAGGAAAUCCGACGCGAAACACUGAUAAAUUUGUUUGAUUUCACCCUUCGUAAUAGAAGCUCAUAUAUGUUCGAUAGAUUAAGUGACUUCAUGGGAUUCGUAAACACAAAAGACAGCAAUGCACCGUUUCCCGACUUACAGUGUGUGAAUGUGUUGAUUCCUAAACAAGACAUUGAUUCAUUAGAAUUCUAUACCAAAAUGGGAUUCAACGAAAAUGUACUGAGCUCAAUAAGAACGCACAUACAACGGCAAGACAUGAUAACUCCAUGGAUAACAGGAAUUGAUCCAAAAUCUCGCGGCCGGCUCCGCAUCAAAUCAGCAAACCCUUACGAUCAUCCAUCAAUCACAACCGGUUACUUUAGCAAUCCGGAAGAUUUGAUUGUUCUGCGUGAGGGCAUACGACUACAGCAGAGAAUAUUCAAUACAGAUGUUUUCCAAAAACUUCAAGCCCGUCUAUUGAGAAUUGAUAUCCCGGAGUGUGACGACCUGCUGUAUGAUUCGGAUGAGUACUGGGACUGCUACAUACGACACAUGACCACCACAUUGUAUCAUCCUGUCGGAACGGCCAAAAUGGGACCAUGGAGUGAUCCGGCUGCGGUGGUCGAUCCAGAUUUGAAAGUGUACGGAAUCGAAGGCUUGCGAGUCGUAGAUGCAAGCAUAAUGCCGACCGUGACCAGUGGAAACACGAAUGCCCCUACCAUUAUGAUUGCCGAGAAGGCCUCAGAUGCAAUCAAGAAAACAUAUUUGUGAUGACUUUCGACUUUCUAUCUUUUUGUUUGGUUAUAAAAUAAAUCUAAAAAUUCAAAAGAUAACAUAUGCCAAAGGGUAACUUCAUUUCAAGUUUUAAGUCAUAGACGUUUACAACUAUAUUUUUGAUUUCUUUUCUUGUCUAGAAUUUGACACAAUAAUUCACUAAUUUAUUAGACGAUAGUAUAGAAACGUUUCACAUUAUAUUAAGGACACAACACAGGGUAUAAAUAGUAUCAAAAUUGUCGAAAAUAAAUCGAUUGGGUUCAAUAAAAACGUGAUAAUUUUAAAAAUAAUAAUAAAUACCU